AUGGCAGAUUCGACUUGCAAACUUCCGCAGUUAAACAACACAGACACCCAGCCUCGGCCUACACCGUUUAUUGUCGCAAGACCGGACAUUCCCCUUGACUUCGAUCCGUUGUCAAUUGCAGCCCGAGCCUCUGCACAGCGUGCCUUGGACUCGCUUCUUUCAAAGCAAUCCAGCACUCUCAACGAGGCUAUUGCCCGAUACACGCUUAAAACGCGACGUCCACCACCGCCCAAUUACUCGGAGUGGUUCAACUUUGCGAAGAAUAGCAGCUGCCUCAUCGAUAAUUAUGACCAAAUUCAUCGAGACUUCGAACCCUUCUAUCAGCUUGCGAAAAAGCACCCGAAGUGGUUCAGGGAGGCGGUUGACCAAGGCAGUGAACUGUUCCUCCGGGAAACGCAAGACCUUAGACCGAAGCGUCAAGCAGCAUAUGGGCUCGCCGCCAUAGCUUUCAAGGACAAGAAACUUGUUCUGCCCCCAUAUCAACCAACUACCUAUGCAAAAGAUAUUCCGCAACACUUGUUCAAGAUAACCUCGUUAAUGCCUGACUUGACGUUUCUCCUCAAUGGACGCGAUGAGCCGCGCGUAGUUUUCGAUACACGCCAACCUGGCGCCCUUGAAAAAAUCGAUCCAAGCGCAGACCUCAUGCCAUUCCACCUCACUCCUUCACCGACCGGUCCAUUCUUUCGGAAUCAACCCGGAUGUAAUGUUAGCAGUCGUGGACAUGGUUUCGUCCAUGAUGACAGUGAACUUGUGUCCUUCCUCACUUCAAGCGCCAGCUCGGAUUUCACGACUUCAUUAUGGCCCUUGUUCAGUAUGGCAAAAUUAACUUGCUUCGCGGAUAUCCUGUUUCCUGGUCAGUAUUACUACCGCAUGUCCCGUUGGUCGCCGAAAAUCGGUGCAAACGAUAUCCCUUGGGCGGACAAGAAACCCAUUCUUUAUUGGCGCGGUGGCUCCACUGGUGGUCGUAUUCUUUCAACACCCACAACUUCCAAUCACCAUUCUUUCCCUCGGUUCCGCCUCCUCAAGUUAGCCAGCAAUCACUCCGAUAUAAUGGACAUCAAGAUGACGGGCUUCGCCCAGGAAUACUGCAAAACUGAAGAUGGUUGUCGCUUCAGCCCUAUUAUCAUAGAAUAUUCAAUAUUUGGGCCAAAGGCGUCGAGAAGAGACGUGCUGGGAUACAAAUAUCUAUUUGACAUCGACGGGAACACGUUUAGUGGUCGAUUUCUAGGAUUGCUACGAUCCGGCUCCCUCGUUUUCAAGGCAACGGUCUAUCAGGAAUUCUUCAACGACUGGAUUCGUCCAUAUGAACACUUUAUUCCGGUUAAAUAUGACCUCUCCGACCUGGUCCACAAGCUGCAAUGGGCAAUAGACCAUGAACAAGAGGCUCGUCGCAUACAGGAGACUGGCAAGCUCUUUGCGGACAAGGUCAUGACGGAUGCUCAAAACGAUUGCUACAUGUCUCUCCUGCUUUUGGAGUGGGCUCGGCUGUACAACUACGAGGCAACAUCCCUCUAA